UGCUCCACACACACGCACGCACGCACUUCCUUUCCUCGACUUUGCAAUUCCCUCAAUUUAACGCACAACCUCCUCCUCUCUCUCUCUCUCUCUACCUACAUCUGUUUUGCACCAAAAAAGGAUUCGAUUGAUCGAAUCUAUCCACCCACUGCUUUCCACCACCAUUCAAUCCCAUUACCUCUUCCAUUUAAAAUUCUAUACGAGUUUCCAUUAAUGUUUUCCAAUUAAAACCUCUUCUCUCCAACUAUGUUCAGCUCAGACGCCAUUUCCAGAGACUUCCUCCACUCCAAUCCCUCUCACACCGCCAAUUUCAAGCAUGACACCGAUUUCUUCACCAAUCAUGAUCAACAUCAACACCAGCAGCAGCAGAGCUCCGGAUUAGCUCGAUACCGGUCGGCGCCGAGCUCCUUCCUCGCGGCGCUUCUCGAUUCCAACACCGAUAAUAACAGCAGCAGCGGCGAUGAAUCGGAUGCUUUCUUCUCCGCGCUCAUGGAAGCGCCGCCGCGCGAUCUCAAUCCCAAGAGUAGUAUGAAGCAGGAAGAUGAGGCGGAUCCGGAGCCCCGAUCCGCGCAAAACGGGUACCCGGGCGGGUAUGAUGGAUCUUACUCUGUGGGGAUGGAGCAUCACAGGUUGAGAGAUCAAAAUGGGAAUGGGUCUAAUCUGCUCCGCCAAAGCAGCUCUCCUGCUGGAUUCUUCAAUGGUUUUGGUUUAAUGGGAGAGGCAGGAAACUACAGAGUUCACAAUCCUGCAGAAGACAGUUCAUCAGCUUGUGGUUUGAGUAGUUCCAUGAAUUUGUCAUCGGCUGCAUCUUCUAGCUCGAGAUUCAUGCCCAGCAUACCCGAAACUGGAAAUGAGAACGCAUUCAGCCCUGAAAAUGGUCGUCUGAGAAACGGGGCUGCCUUCCAUCAUGAUUCUUGGAAUGAAACAUCUUUCAACAGUUUGAAAAGAAACAGAGACGGUGAUGCGAAGAUGUUUUCCGAUUUCAAUGGAUUGGAGAAUGAGAAUGGAGAAGCCAGGAAAAAGUCCUCUGGUUUAGUAUCGCAUUUUAGCUUGCCAAAGACUUCCACGGAGAUGGCUGCAGUUGAGAACUUUCUGCAGUUCCAACAAGAAACGACCACUCCUUGUCAAGUUCGAGCAAAAAGGGGUUUCGCCACUCAUCCUAGAAGCAUUGCUGAAAGGAAUAGACGAACUCGGAUUAGUAAGAACAUGAAGAAGUUGCAAGAUCUUUUCCCCAAUAUGGAUAAGCAAACGAACACAGCUGAUAUGUUGGACUUGGCAGUUGAUUACAUCAAAGAGCUGCAGAAAGAAAUGAGGGUGCUCAACGAUGCGAGAGCAAGAUGCGUUUGUUUAGGUAAACCUCACCAAACAAGUCCUUCCAAGUAGAUGCUUCUGGCAAGACGAAAACCAAGUGCAGUAGAUGAGUAUAUCCUUCAGUCUUGAUUCACCUGCGACCUCACCACCCACGUGUCGAAUCCCGUUAAUGUGGCCUUUUCCCUAUUGUUCUAUGUAUGCGUGUUGCAAGUUCCAACCCUCCAGGAAGAGGAGGGGGGAGAAAAAGGAGGAAAGACUAAACUCCAUGUUGUAGUAUUAUUUAAACUGGUAAAUGUUUUUAUGAAUAAUUUUUGUUAAGAAAGCUCCUGCAUUUUAUGCA